CUUCAUUCUGAAGAUGAGGCUCCUCCACAACCCCUUACCUUCACCAUCUCCACCAUUGUUAACCUCUUUUUCACCAAUCAAAGCUUCAAUUCUUCCCAAAAAAUCAUCUUUCAUCUCUCAUCAUAAACCCCUUCAGCAACUUCUCUCUACUGGGGUUUCAUUUGUUCUUUCUUUGGGGCUUCUUGUUUCUGCUCCUGUUUCUAUCGCUUUGGAAUCUCCUUCACUGCAAUCUUCUAACUCAUCUUUGGAGGUGAUUUGCCGAGAGAACGAGGCGGAUGAGGUGUAUGUGAAAGAUACUGAAGUAUCCAAAGUGGUGAGCAAUGAAAGCAUUGUGGAAGAAGCUUGGCAGAUUGUUAAUGACAGCUUUCUUAACACCAGCGAUCGUCGUUCUUGGUCUCCUGAAUCUUGGCUUCAAAAGAAAGAUGACAUCUUAAGUUCAUCAAUUCAGACAAGGUCAAAAGCACAUGAUAUCAUCAAGCGUAUGUUGGCUAGCUUGGGUGACCCCUAUACACGGUUUCUUUCUCCUGAACAGUUCUCCAAGAUGGCUAUAUAUGAUAUGACUGGGAUUGGAGUUAACCUCAGGGAUGUUCCAGAUGGCAAUGGAGGUUCAAAACUGAAGGUUUUAGGGCUCCUAUUGGAUGGCCCUGCCCAUAAUGCCGGUGUACGACAGGGAGAUGAACUGAUAUCUGUGAAUGGGGUGGAUGUGCUGGGUAAAUCUUCCUUUGAAGCAUCUUCACUGUUACUAGGCCCAAAUGGGACAUCUGUGAACAUCAUGGUUAAGCAUGGAAAUUGUGGACCUGUCCAGUCCAUUGAUGUGGAGAGGCAAUCUAUUGCUAAGACACCGGUUUUUUAUCGGCUGGAGCAGAUUGAAAAUGGCUCUACUUCUGUUGGUUAUGUGCGCCUAAAGGAGUUCAAUGCGUUGGCCAGAAAAGAUUUGGUUACCGCAAUUAAGCGACUCGAAGGCAUGGGUGCCUCAUCUUUUGUUCUUGAUCUCAGAGAUAACCUUGGUGGACUAGUGCAGGCUGGCAUUGAAAUCGCAAAACUCUUUCUGAAUGAAGGAGACACGGUGAUUUACACUGUUGGAAGGGAUCCACAAUAUACAAGGAAUAUUGUUGCAGAAGCUCCACCUCUUAUUACAGCUCCAGUAAUUGUUUUGGUUAACAAAAGUACUGCAAGUGCUAGUGAAAUUGUUGCAACUGCACUUCACGACAAUUGCAGAGCUGUUCUCGUGGGAGAUAAGACAUAUGGCAAGGGGCUGAUUCAGUCUGUAUUCGAGCUGCCCGAUGGGUCGGGCGUGGUUGUAACAAUUGGGAAGUAUGUCACACCAAAUCACAUGGAUAUUAAUGGCAAUGGAGUUGAACCAGAUUUCAGGAAUUUUCCUGCUUGGAAUGAAGUCAACAAUCAUUUGUCAAAGUGCCACAAACAACAAGAUGGAUAAGCUCGCUCGUUUUCCUUUCAGUGUCAUUCUGAUUCUUCAUCAUGACGGAUGAAUAACUUGGGGUAGUCCUUCGGUCGUGCAACACUCAGUUUGAUAUGAUAUUAACAGAUGUUAACCUUCACAGUCGUUUAGCUUCACCCUUUGCCUGAACAUCACCAGGAAGAAACAAAGUACAUAAUGCAUACUCUUCUAUUGCCUAGGCAUCAUCUUGAAGAACAAAUCAGAUCAAUAUCAGCAACUUUAAUCUAUCAAGAUGCAGAACUGGCCACUGGAUGAUGAAAUUAGUAGCCAGAACCAGCUGAGUUGUGUCAUUGUAUUUAUCUUACUGAUAGCAGGUGCCUAUGGAUGAUAGUAGCACAAGGUGUGUACAUAAAUAACUAGCAAUUUACCUGAUACAACCAACAGUUCAUAUUGUAUACACAUUUUCAGUAAAUGUAAAUCAAUU